GCACACACCAAAGAGGGAAAAAACUCGCUCUCUUUUUUUUUUCGUGGGAAAAAGAAGUGAGAAAGGGUGAGAAAAUUAUACUCCUCCCUCCUCUACUGUCCAACCCCGGACACCAAGGCAGGUCAGGCAGGUGGACAGGGGGGGGAGGCCGGGAGCCCAGAGACGAGCUCGGCGAAGCUGCGGACAAGCCAAGCUGCCGCUGCUGCUGCAUUGCGCGGGAGGGCUCGCCGCCGCCGGGGGAGGCUCGGAUCUCGGCGUCCUUUUCGCGUGCGGCUGCUGGUCGGCUUCGGUCGGUGGCGCUGCGCCCACUGGCGGGGCGGCCUCGGUCCAGCGCCGCGUGAUCUGGCGCGCGCCGCCGACGCCGCUCGCGCGGGGAGGCCCGGAUCUUGAGCCGCUGCCCCGCGAGGCUCCGGGGCUCCGUCGCCAGCGGUGCGCUUGAGGCCGCCGACCGCGUGCGGCGGGCGGGAGAUCUGGCCGGCGGCGCGGACCUGCAGAUCCCCUGCCUGCGCGGGCACCGGUCGCUGCUGCUGUGGAGCUUCUUGCGGGCGGUGGCGCCGAUGGGCUACGGGCACGUCGAUCCCUUCCUGCCCCCGCAGCAGCCGCUGCAGCAGGCGGCGUACCACGUCGCGCCGCAGGGGGACUACGGCCAGCCGCAAGCGCAGCCGGCUCCGCGGCCGCCGGGUUGCCCGUACUCGUCGUCCGCCUCGGCGCCGCCCGUCUCCGCGUCGUACCAUUCUUCGCCUCCGGCGGCGUCGCCUCCCCCGGUAAGCAACCCACCUCCGGCGACCCCUCCACCGGAGCCAUUGCCGUCAUCACCGCCGCCGCCAACACCGUUGCCGCCGGCGCCGGCAUUGUCGCCUCCCCCGCCUGACGCUCCCCCUCCAUCGCUUCCGCCGUCGCCGUUGCCGUCAUCACCCCAGUUGCCGCCUCAAGCCCCGCCUCCCCCGCUGGCGUCGGACCAACCGCGCGUUCAACCCCGCGUAUACCCAUCACCGCCACCGCCGUCACUUCCCCCGCCGCCUCCUCCCGCCGUCUCGCCGCCAUCACCAGCUCCAUCCAACUCACCAUCGCCGUCGCCUGCUCCACCUGCGCAAGCUCCAGCCCCCGCGCGUGCUGCUGCCCAUUCGCCACCCCCGCCGCGAAUCGCCUCUCCACCACCUCCGCACUAUCACGUCAAGCCGCAUUACAUGCCGCGGUCGCCCCCAAAGUCGCAUUCGAACUCGACCCAUGCAGCCAGUGGCAGUGGCAAGAACAUCGAGAUAUCGAGGGAGGCAGCCACCACCAUUGUAGCACUUGCCGGUCUUGCUAUGCUUAGCUUUAUUGGCGCCACCAUUUGGUUCGUCAAGAAAAAGCGCCGGCGGAUAGAGCCUCCGGCGGCAUUGCCAACACAGCAACCGGCUCCUCCACCACCGCCCAACUACAUUCCAUCUUCAGCCGGAUCCUCACUAGCAUCAGACGGGUUCUACUUAAGGUCACCAGGGUAUCCUUUCAUGAGGUACAGUACUGGAAGCCAUGGUUUUCCGUACUCCCCGGCCGACUCUGGGAUUGGGUAUUCCCAUAUGCUCUUCACGCCAGAGAAUUUGGCAGCAAUCACAGAUGACUUUGCAGAGGAGAACCUUUUGGGAGAAGGUGGAUUUGGGUGUGUAUUUAAGGGCAUUUUGCCAGAUGGUCGCCCUGUAGCUGUCAAGAAGCUCAAAGUCGGGAAUGGGCAAGGCGAGCGUGAGUUCAAGGCCGAAGUUGAUACUAUCAGCAGAGUACAUCAUAGACAUUUGGUUUCGUUAGUAGGUUAUUGCAUUGCGGAUGGCCAGCGAAUGCUUGUUUAUGAUUUUGUUCCCAACAACACACUUUAUUACCACCUCCAUGUAAGUGAAGCAGCGCUUGAUUGGCGGACAAGGGUUAAGAUCGCAGCUGGAGCAGCCCGAGGAAUUGCUUACCUGCAUGAAGAUUGUCAUCCACGUAUUAUACAUAGAGAUAUUAAAUCAUCCAAUAUUUUGUUGGAUAACAACUUUGAAGCUCAGGUUUCUGAUUUUGGGCUUGCAAGGUUAGCGGCUGAUUCCAAUUCACAUGUCACCACACGUGUCAUGGGGACAUUCGGGUAUUUAGCUCCAGAGUAUGCAUUGUCAGGCAAGUUGACAGCAAAAUCUGAUGUAUAUUCUUUUGGAGUAGUUCUUUUGGAGCUUAUUACAGGAAGAAAACCUGUUGAUGCUUCUCAGCCAUUGGGAGAUGAAAGUCUGGUUGAAUGGGCUCGCCCCCUUCUGCUGAAGGCAAUCGAGCAUCGGGAAUUUGGCGACCUUCCAGACCCAAGGAUGGAAAACAGAUUCGAUGAGAACGAGAUGUUCCAUAUGAUAGGAGCUGCAGCUGCAUGCAUUCGUCAUUCUGCAGCGAUGAGACCGCGGAUGGGGCAGGUGGUUAGAGCACUAGAUAGUUUAGCAGACUCUAACUUGAACAAUGGCCUUCAACCCGGCCGCAGCGAGGUGUUCUUAGAGCCGCAAUCGGAGGAGAUUAGACUGUUCCAUCUGAGGGAAUUCGGCAGCCGGACUGUAGCGACGAGUUGAGCCAAACCAGCUGGAGAAGCCGAAGAGAUUUGUAAACAGAUUCGGUACAAGAUCAUUAACAUUCUUUUUGGGUCAUUCUUUACAUGUAAUUAUCUCUUUUACAUGAUUUUUUUUGUUCUUCCUCCCUGAGGCAAUUCUUGUUUCCCACCGGAAUAAAUUUUGCAUUCUUUCAGGAGAUAAGUAAAUGAAUUCUCUUUUUCCAGUGAAGAAUAUACAGAAAGUUUGGUUCCUGGCA